ACCACCUCUAACCGCUUUUACCCUCUCUUGUCCAAACAAAACUUGACAAUUUAUUUUUAACCAUUUUUCUGUAAUGGAAGAGCCGAGUCACAAUAAACGAGUCCGCGACGAAGACUCGGACGAGUUGUACUUAAACUCGCCUGAGGUCAAGCGGCUCCGGGAGGAUCUUCUCGACGAUUCUGAUCCUUCUUUUACCACUCCCGAGGAUCUGGAUUCAUUUAUGAAGAGUUUUCAGGAAGAGAUAUCCGCAUUUCCGCCGUCUCCGGCGUCGUCACCGGCGCCGAAUCAGUUUGUAGAAUCCGGUGAUUCGAUGCCGGAUCUAGGCUACCUUCUUGAAGCUUCAGAUGAUGAACUGGGUUUGCCUCCGUCAACCACGCCGGUGAGUGAGGUUGCUAGCAACGAGGAGAUUGAUAGAACCGAGUUCGGUGAGUUAUGGAGGUUUGAUGACCAGAUUCCGAGUUAUGACUCGUUCGAGUUCGGGAUUUAUGGUUGUCAGGAUAAUAAUUUCAACGACGGCGAGUUUGUUGCGUUGGACGGAUUGUUUGAUUAUUCCGAUUUUGGUGCCGGAACUUUACCGGCGCAGUAGUCCGGUGCCGGAAUGAAUAGGGAGGCUAUUUCUGUAGAGAGUUCUUUAAUUUUUAUUAUUAUUAAAUAUGAAAUGAAAAAAAUUAGAGAUAACAGAUAAAUUGAAUUUAGUUGAGGAGAUGUUUGAAUCCCCAA